AUGGCCUCUAAAAUAGUAGUGAUCGGUGAUGUCAAUGGCCAGUUCCCAGCAGUCUUCCACAAGCUAGCCGCAUUGCAUGAAAAGAACAACUUUGCCUUUGCCCUGAUUGCGGGCAAUCUCUUCGCGGACCCGUCUUAUGCGACGGAGGAAGACGAAUCCAAUGUCCAGUCACUUAUUCAAGGCAAGAUAAUGGUACCCUUUACCACCUACUUUGCCCUCGGCAGCAACCCGGUCCCACAGGCGGUGAUAGACAAGCUUGAAUCAUCCGAUGGCGAGGUGUGUGAGCACCUAUUUUUCCUGGGAAAGAGGACGACUAUGAAGACCUCAGAAGGUAUCCGGAUCGUGGCUCUAGGCGGCUGUCUGGACCCGAACAUCAUCGUGGGCGCGUCCAAAGACAAGUAUCCCCCCUUCUACAGCGAGAGCGACGCGAAGAUAUUGCGUGGGGCAACGACUGCCGAUAUCCUUGUCACCAACGAGUGGCCAUCCGGCAUACGGAACCGCUCCAAAGUGGAGUUCAAUGCACAAAGCCAACCAUCGACGCAGGACUGUCUAGCCGAUCUAUGCGCGACUCUAAAACCAAAAUAUUACUUCUCCACAUCAGGGAGCUCCUUUUACGAACGCGAACCCUUCUUCUAUCCCCCCAGCGAGGAAACCGAUGGCCUCUACCCCAUAACCCGCUUCAUUAGCCUUGCAUGCUACGGCAAUCCCAAUAAGCAAAAGUGGAUCUAUGCCUUCUCACUUGACCCCACGGCCAGCAACCCCAUCUCCCCACCCCCAGGCUCCACAGCAUCCCCUCUCACCCGCUCCGACAAGAAGCGGGCCCCUCCGGACCAGCGAGACUCAUCCGGUCUCGUCUACGAAGAUGACUCGAGCAACCGUCGCGGUGGUCGCGGACGUCCAGGCAAACGGCGGCGCGGGGGCGAGCAUAGGGGGCCCCUGUCUGCUUCAGAGUGUUUCUUCUGCCUCGCAAACGAAAACAUUGCUACCCACCUCGUUACCUCCAUUGGCGAUAACUCGUACUUGACAACCGCCAAGGGCCCUCUGACCACAUCAACCACUUAUCCCAGGCUCGGGUUUCCGUGCCACCUACUCAUCAUCCCUUUCACGCACCAGUCCACGCUAGGAUCCAUGGAGGAAGAAGAUCGUCACGCUACGUACGCCGAGAUGCAGAAGUACCGUGCCGCCAUGAACAGAAUGCUCGUCUCUAUCGCAGACGAAGAAUACGCGUCCGUUACAUGGGAAGUAAGCAAAGCCAGUCUCCCCCACACGCACUGGCAGUUUCUGCCCGUCCCGGCGGAUCUCGUGCGCAAGGGGCUCGUGGAAGCGGCGUUUAAGGCGCUAGCAGAGAACUUCCACUGGCCUGCCUUCCAGAAGGAAGAUGUGGGGGACGGUUUUGAGGAGACGGGCGACUUCUUCCACGUCAUGAUCUGGGAUCCCAAGGAUCAUAAGCAGGACGAGUAUACGAGCCUGGUGAUGAGGUUCGACGAACGCAUCAAGUUCCACAACCAGUUUGGAAGGGAGGUGCUGGCGAAGUUGCUAAGGCUGGAUCAGAGGAUCGAUUGGCAUGACUGUGGGCAGACACAGCACGAGGAGGAGAGGGAUGUCGAGGCUUUCAAGAAGGCGUUCAAGGAGUUCGACUUUGCGACAGAUUAG